AUGCGGCCUAGUUGUCAGUGCCUCGCCGCAGGCUUCCUGGCACUCGUGAGCUGGCCGGUCGUCUUGGCUUAUCCGACAGAACGCGAGAGAGACGGCCCGGUGGAUGGCGCGGCCAAAGUCCGUGCCGCUGUUGUAUUUCACCAGCCGCGGGUGCAAGAGGCCCAGGAUCUGCUGAUGGACAUAUCGAAUCCCACAUCCGCCAGGUUUGGCCAGCACCUAGACAAGGAGGGGAUCGAGAAACUCUUCUCGCCUAGCCGGGGAUCGCAAGACAAAGUUGUCGGGUGGCUGGAGAGUGCUGGCAUACCCAGGUCGUCGAUGCGGAUGAGGCGAGCAGCUGCCACUCUGGAAUUCGUCACCGACGUCGCGACCCUCGAGUCGUUAUUCAAGACAAAAUACCGCCUUGUCCGCGAUGCGGGGACUGGGAAACCCCGUCUGGACAGCGGCUCUGAUGAACGGGUUCCCGCAGAGCUGAAAGACCACGUGCACUUUGUGACGUCGGCAGCGCUUGUUGAGGACCGGCCAGAGUUGCGAAAGCGCGUCGCCGUCGUCAAGCAGCAAAGGGUGAGGGCGCCCGCCGCAGCGGCCGAUGCCGACGGCAGCGAGAAGCCGGUGAAUUUGCGCGACUGCAAUCUCAGCUGGACCCCGGCUUGUGUUCGUGAGCUUUACGACAUCCCGCUUGGCACAAAGGCGGCGCCAAACAACUCCCUCGGCAUAUUCGGGUUCGGAGACGCCUACGACCAGGCCAAUCUCGACAACUUCUGGAACAAGUACGCGCCCUUCAUCCCCCGAGGAACCGCCCCCAAGGUCAACAGCAUCGACGGCGCCCAUGCGCCAGGCGAGGAAAGUGACGGCGAGGAGCUACUCGACCUGCAGAUGGCCUAUCCCAUCAGCUGGCCGCAGGGAGCAGAGAUCUUCCAGGUUCCCUACAACAUGAACGGCGGUAUUGGCAACGAGUUCCUCGACGCCGUCGACGCCGACUACUGCCACUACGACGGAGGCGACGACCCGAAUCUGGAUAUCCACUUUCCCAUCUUUCAAGGAUACCCCGGCCCGGCCAUGUGCGGAACGUACAACGUGACAAACGUCGUCUCCAUGUCGUUCGCGGUGGACGAAGCAAGCCUCAAUCGGCACUACGUCGAGCGUCAGUGCCACGAGUGGAUGAAGCUGGCUCUUCGAGGCGUCACCGUCCUCGUGGCCGCUGGGGAUCGCGGGGUCCAGGGCAACUUCGGCUGCUCCCUGGGGCCCCCUCACACAAACAUCUCGGCAUUCAGCCCCCUCUUCCCGGGCACCUGUCCGUACGUGACGACUGUAGGGGCCACCCAGGUCAACUUUGACGGCGGCCGGGCCGAGGAAGUUGCCGUCUUUGACCCAAAGCACAACUUCUAUUCCGGAGGAGGCUUUAGCAAUAUCAACGCCCGGCCGGCAUACCAGGACCAAGCCGUGGCCGACUAUCUCGCGUCGCAUGAUCCGCAUUACCCCAAGGGAACGUUCAACCCGCAGGGGCGUGCCAUACCCGAUGUCGCCCUACUGGGUGCCAACUUGACCAUAUCUGACAAGAUGGAAAUCACAGUCAGCGGCGGCACCAGUGCGGCAACACCCAUGUUUGCCGCCAUGAUCAGCAGGAUCAACGACGAGAGACUCUUGGCUGGCAAGAGGCCUAUAGGGUUCCUGAACCAAAUCCUCUACCGGCAUCCCGAGGUUUUCACGGAUAUUGUCCAAGGGCACAACCCCGGAUGCCACACGCCAGGCUUCCAAGCUGCCAAGGGAUGGGAUCCAGUCUCUGGGCUCGGUUCGGUCAAGUUUCCGAAACUGCGACACCUGCUUGUAGGGCUGCCGUAG